AUGACGGUUGCCUCCUCAUUAAUCGCGAGCAAUCUAACAUCCUCUACAAAACCAACAACAACAUCGCGCACCUAUCAAGCCACCGAUGAAGUGAAUCAAUUGAUUCUUCAGUCUAUUCGCAAUCAUCAAAAUUUUCUCAACACCAAAUACGAUCCCGAUAACUCAGACCACAAAAACCUUCUCAAAAGUAUUUUUAAAAUUAUUUUCGGAAAGCAAUUGAAAGAUGAAGAAUUGUAUGACUGCCAGCAAUGGACAAUGGCUGGUUUUCAAAACAGAGACCCAACAACUGAUCUUCGAAGUCUGGGAUUACUAGGACUUUCUACAAUGGAAUAUCUUUGUAAAUAUCAUACAAACACUGUGAAGAAUGAAUACAUGAAUAGAGAAUAUCCGUUUGCAUGUUGUGUGUUUGCAAUUGUUAAUUUCAUGAUUAAGGAAAUGGAUAUGAGAAAUAUUACAACCACGCCACAAGAUAGCCACUUUGUUUUACUCAUGAAAAAGGAAUUAUAUUUCAAUAGGGACAAGUUAAAACAAAUGGAUUUAUUUGAGAGACUAUUUUGCAUUGCAUUUGAAUAUUUUGAUAAGCUGUGGGUCAAGUACAAAGCAGGCUACAUGGACUUUAGUGUCAUGUAUGACAUAUUUGCACACAAUAUUAUUCAAAUUUUAAAGAAGGAACCUGCAUCAUUUAGUGUGUUCAAAUUUUUAUUACUGGAAUGGUGA